UAGACACAUCACUAUGAAUGUAAAUACGAGGAUAGCAAGAGCAACAACCUUGCCUUCUUGUUACGAAACUGAUCAAUAAUGGCAGUUGCUGUGACAAACCGGUUGCAUAUGCACUGUAUAUUUUGGACAAGACAGUGUGCACAGUUGUACAGGAUACGGCGUGUAUGUAGCAAAUAUAGAAGCUUUGCCACCAAGUCUGAUGAAGAGAGUAGAGGUCCGAAAAUUUACACAAAAACCGGAGAUAAAGGAUUUUCCAGCACAUUCACUGGUGAGAGAAGGCCAAAAGAAGACUGCAUUUUCGAGGCUUUGGGAGCUACAGAUGAGUUGUCGUCCGCCAUAGGGUUGGCAAGGGAAUUUUGCAAGGACAAGGGACAUCCAUUCAUAGAAGAACUUGAGAAGAUUCAGUGUGUGUUGCAAGAUGUGGGAUCUAAUGUUGCUACCCCUCUUUCAUCAGCUAGAGAGAGUCACAGAGUCAAGACCAAGUUUAGUCCCCAGCCUGUGUCAGACCUCGAGAGUUGGAUUGACAAGUACACAGAGGAGCUGCCACCACUGACUAAUUUCAUAUUACCUUCUGGAGGAAAGAGCAGUGCGUCUCUGCACGUGGCUCGCGCAGUGUGUCGUAAGGCAGAGCGAAGUGUGGCUCCUAUUGUUCGCUCAGGAGAGGCUGAUCCCGACGUUGCCAAGUUUCUAAACAGACUGAGUGACUACCUGUUCACACUGGCCAGGUACGCCGCCAUGAAAGAGGGAGCGGCUGAAAGCAUCUACAGUAGACCUGAAUGACAUCCAUGUGCGUUUAGGAGAAAGUGGGUAAAUUCCUAAAUGAGAUGCAGAGACUGGAUUUUUUUUUUUUGGGCUGUGAAUUAAUUUCACGUAUCUUUAUUUGACCUUGAACUAUUAAAUCAAAUCAAAUCAAAUCAAA